CAGCAGGGUAGUGCGCUCGGCGCGCGGCCAGCGCGGCUCCGCUCCCCGCUCCUCCUCCCGCCGGGCCCGCAGGGGACAGCGACACUCGCCAGGCGCCUCCGUCCCGGCGCUGCCCCGCGCCCCCGCCGCUCGAUAAGCAGCUCCUGAGGACUGAAGUACCUGCCCAGGGAACACCUGCUCCUGAGGUGCUCAGGCAUGGCUGACCUGGACCACACCCUGAGCCUGGCCGACGCUCUGACGGAGCCGCCGCCCGACGUGGAGCCAGAGGUGAAGAGGGACUUCAUCGCCUCGCUGGAGGCCGAGAAGUUCGACGACGUGGUGGGGGAGACCGUGGACAAGACAGACUACGUGCCCCUGCUGGAUGACGAGGACGAGGCCAGGCCUGGCAGCCAGGAGCCCAAAAGCAAAGGCCACGUGGACGGAAUUGCCGUGGAACAUUCCUCAGCCUCGGGGACGAUGGUGGUGGAGAACGGUGACCACGGGCUGCAGGACCACCACACAGUAUUCCCAGGAGAAAUCAUGGAUGAGAAGAUGUCCUACAAAGAGUUCCUGGAUCGCAACGACUCCUGGUCAGCAGAGGAGAGGGACCUGUGCUUCAAACCCAUGGACAUGGCUGACCCCUUCAGCCUGCACAGAGGGGACAACCUGCCGGAGCUGUCCUUCCCCACGGACAUGAAGAACGCGCCGCUGUUCCCAGGCCAUGCCGAUGCUGCCAGGGACAUCCUCGCUCCACAUGGAUCCAUGAUGGCACCUGAACAACCUUUCCUGGGGUCCCUGUAUUCCCCUGCAGAGGCUCUGGACCCGUCAGCCUUCAUCGGCCUUGAGUCAGGCACAGAAUUCCUGACAGGAAAAGCAGUCCCUGAAGAAUACUGGAUGGGAGCUCAGCAGGACAUGAAGGGACCAGAUACCUCUUUCUUUGUUGAGCCACCAGUGCCCCCCGCAGCCACAGAAGCCAUAAGGACGAGCCUGCCCGAGAGCCCCACGGCAGCAGCAGCCCCUGGGAACGUUCCUGCUGCAGCCCCAGCACUGCCAGGAGAGGCUGCAGCCACCAAGGGACCAAAGGCUGCAGCUCCAGGUGCAGCCUCCGUUCCCGCCGCCGACGCCGCGUCCCUUCCCGCAGAGAAAGCUGGAGACACCAAACCUCCCCAGAGUCCUGCAGCAGCCAGCCCUUUCCAGGAUGGAGGCUUUUCUCCUGCACCUGAAGCCAACCCUGCCAAAGGUGUCAAUGACACAUCCACCCCAGGGACAGAGCUCGGCUUCGCCCCGGCAGCAGAUGCUGGAUCCCGCCAUGGGGUGGAGUUGGGGUUUUCUCCAGCAGCAGGUGUGGAGUCCCACCAAGCCAUGGAUCUGGGAUUUGGCCCAGCAGCAGGUAUGGAGGCCCACCAAGCCAUGGAUUUUGGAUUUUCCCCAGCAGCAGGUGUGGAGUCCCAGCAGAACAUGGAUUUGGGGUUUGCUCCAGCAGCAGGUGUGGAAUCUCACCAGAACAUGGAUUUGGGAUUUGCUCCAGCAGCAGAUGUGGAAUCUCACCAGAACAUGGAUUUGGGAUUUGCUCCAGCAGCAGGUGUGGAGUCCCACCAGACCAUGGAUUUGGGGUUUGCCCCGGCAGCAGAUGCGGAACCUCACCAUACCUUGGAUUUGGGAUUUGCUCCAGCAGCAGAUAACAAAGCUCAGCACGUUAUGGGCUCUGAGUUUUCUUCAGCAGCAGAAGUCAACCAUCACCAUGGCCUGGAUUCUGGCUUUGCUCCUGCAGCUCCAGCCAAGCCUGUCCCUGCUGUGGACGGUGGGAACGUGGAGGCUCAGCCUGGCCCUGCAGCUGCCCCCAGCCUUGCUGUGCCUGGGGAGCUGCUGACAUCUGAGGCUGCCCUUCAGCAGGACAAGUGUCCUGCAGAAGCAGCAGCAAAGGUGGAGGCGGAAUCCAAAGCCCCAGAAGUUUGUGUGGAUCACUCAGAGGAGAUGAAGGACAGGAAACCUCCCCCGAGCCCCCGGGAGGAGGAAAUUCCCGGGAAAACCAAGCAGCCCCCGGAGGCAGCAGCUGAAGCAAAAGGAGCACUAGAAAACAAAGAGCUUCCAGAAAAAUCUGCUCCUGCUGAGAAUGGUGAGACACAGAAGGAGGAGGCUGAGCACAACCACGUCCAACAUGCAGAACCUCAGGAAGGGAAAGCCCUGCAGGAGCCCACAGCCAAGGCAGAGGAGCCCAAAGCAGCCGAGGCCGUGAGUGGCAACGACAUCACAGCUCCUCCCAACAAGGAGCUGCCCCCCAGCCCCGAGAAGAAGAGCAAGCCUGCUGCAUCCUCCUCCACUGCCAAGGCGGCGGCGGCGAAGGCCAAGCCCUCGGCCAGCACCAGCCCCAAGCGGCCGAGCUCGGCCACCCCGGGCACAAACAAAAAGCCCACGAGCCCAACUGCAGCUCCUGCUCCAGGCACCACCUCCAAACGCCCCGGCACCAGCAGCACCCGUCCCUCCACCCUAACUCCAAAAGAGACUAAACCAAAGGUCGCGGAUGCGAAGCCCGCGGAGAAGAGAACCUCCCUGUCCAAGCCUGCAUCCUCCACCACUCCCAAAACUCCUUCCAGGAGCUCCUCUGCUGCUCCCCGGACCACGGCACCGUCGCCGGUGACGGCAGCGGCCGCUGCCAAAACCACGGCGGCCACUCCUCCCAAGAGGCCAACGUCCAUCAAGACAGACACGAAGCCGGCAGAUGCCAAGAAACCCCCUGCAAAGUCUCCCUCAGCAGAUUCCAGCCGCCCCAAGAGCGCUCCCGGCGGUGCCACCAAGAGCAGCGCCACCACUCCUUCCACCGCGGCCUCCAGCGUGCCCGGCGCGGCCACCAGCCGGCCCAAGCCCAAAGCCACGGCUCCCAAAGCCGCCACGGCCUCCACGGUGUCGGCAGACGCCAAGAAAGCCCCGGCCAAGGCCGCGGGCAGCAAAGGCAGCGCCGGAGCCGCUCCCCGGGCGCCGCGCCCCGCCAGCGCCGCCGGGCCCGACCUGCGCCACGUCCGCUCCAAGAUCGGCUCCACCGACAACAUCAAGCACCAGCCCGGCGGGGGCAAGGGGAAGGUAGAGAAAAGGCCAGAGUCAGCCGCCGCCGCGCCCAGCUCUGAGCCCAGCGCGGGCACUAAAGUGGCUCCUAAAGUGGCAGCAAAAGAGGGGGUCCCCAAACAGCCCAAUGGGAAAGUCCAGAUAGUCUCCAAAAAAGCGAACUACAGCCAUGUUCAGUCCAAGUGUGGUUCCAAGGACAAUAUUAAGCAUGUCCCUGGAGGUGGGAAUGUGCAGAUCCAGAACAAGAAAGUCGACCUUUCCAAAGUGUCCUCCAAGUGUGGAUCUAAAGCAAAUAUCAAGCAUAAGCCAGGGGGAGGAGAUGUCAAAAUUGAGAACCAGAAGCUGAACUUCAAGGAGAAGGCCCAGGCCAAAGUGGGAUCUCUGGACAACGUGGGACACUCGCCGGCCGGAGGAGCUGUCAAGGCGGAGGGCGGCGCGGAGCCGGCGCAGCUCCCGCCGGCCAACGGAGCGGGGCCGGGGCCGGGCGCGCCGCCCGCGGGCCCCGCGCUGCGGGAGAACGGCGUGGGGCCGGGCCUGGCCGCCCUCAGCAGCGCCGACCAAAGGGAAAUGCAGAGCCUCGACACUCACAUCCAAGAAACAAGCAUCUAAUGAUGACAUUAUGGUAUCGUCUUCCAUUCCCCUCCCGUCCCUUGUCUCCUCCUCUCCCCGUGCCCCCCUGUCCCCUGCCCUUGUGUCGCUGCAGAUUGAGUCUCACAAGCUGACGUUCCGUGCGAAGGCCAAGGCUCGAACGGACCACGGAGCGGAAAUCGUCGUCUCCAAACCCCCCACCCUUUCCAGCAGCACCUGCCCCCGGCGUAGCACCUCCGCCAGCCAGCGACAGCCCGGGCUCCGGCGCCUCCCGUCACCGCUGCCGCCGCCGGCCGCGCCCUCCCAGCAAGGCUUGUGACCCCCGGCCCCGCUCCGCGCCCCGGGGACCCCAGCUUGGCUCUCUUAACCCGGCUCUGGCUUUAGGUGGGAAGGGGACGAUGUUCUUGGGCCGGGCCGCUCCGGAGCGCUCGGCCCCGCCCGGGCUGGGGUCCUCGGCGGCCGGGCCGGGCAGGGCUCCCCUCCCUCCAUCCCUCCAUCCCUCCCUCCAUCCCUCUCCGUGCCCUCCCGCUGGCCCGGGGACUCUCGAGGGUUGCUGCGCCUCGGGGCCGGCCCGGGCCGAGCAGCAGAGCCCAGGCCAGGCCGAGUUAACAGGGAUAAGCUGUGAUCUUUCUUUCUGUCUCUUUUUUUAACCCCUUCCCUUCUCGCCGCUUCAGUUUCUGCCGCCUGUGGGAUGCUGAUAAAUCCCCUCCACACUCGUUAGGCUGUUUUAACUGUUGACUUGAACCUUUUAUUCUUUGUGACGAAGUGUUGAUGAUUUAUGGUGUUCGAACCCGUGCUAAGUUUCCUUUUCUCUUUCCUUCUUUUCCGACCCGUAGGAGAGUAGGGACAUUUAACCGCUGCUGCCGUGCUGGCUUCUUACUGACAUAUCCAGCCGUUGUAACUUCUUUGUUGUUGUUUGGGGUUUUUUCUUUUUAAUAUUUUAAAACGAUGGAGCGAGUUCAUGGGAUUAAGCCAUGUCCGGAACGAAAGGCACGGGAAUGUGUGAAGGGCAAACUUGCUGUGAGAGCUCAGGUGGAGCCUGUGUUGACCUCGAGACGUGUAAUUGAUGUUCGAGAUGUGUAAUUGAUGCUCGAGAUGUGUCCCCGGGCGCCUUCUGCCGAGGUGGUUUAUUUAUUAACGGCACGGCCGAGCCCUGGCAUUUCUCCCGUUUUUCCAGGGCCGAGGCUGGAGGAGCAGCAGGGCCGGGAGUUGCGAGGCUGCAGCAGGUCCGUGGGGGUGUGGGGAGCGUGUGGGGGUGUGUGGUUUUUGGGGUGAUGAUGGGGGACCCGAGCGAGCGCCGGGAUGAGCAGGGCCUGCAGGGGCAGGGAAGGGCAGCGCUCAUCCCGGGGCGGCGGGGCAGGCUUGGUGCCAGGAGUUGCAGCUCUGACUAGGAAGGAGAUCGAACCACUCUUGGAGCUCCUCGUUUCAAAUGACACUAAAGAAACGAAAUGUAAAUAAAUGAAAACAAAAGAAAAGUGUUCUUGGGUGGUCAGACUAAUUUAAAGGAAAAAAAAAAAAAAAAAGGCAAGCAGAAUAACAAAACACUGGGAUCAAAGAGAACUGAACCAGGCGUGUGCUAAGGGGGGCUGCUCCAGGAGGGGACAGAGGGAAGCCUGCAGCUUCUCGUGCUUGUGGGAGUAUUUCUUUGGGAAGCCAACAACGACACGAUAACCCGGAAUCUGUAUUUACACACAAAGAUUCUUAUUGCACUUGUAUUUUUUAUAUUAAAGUUUGCAUGGUUUCUAAUAAAAUGGCAUUAAAAUGUA